AUGGCAGGAAUGAACGUCUGGCUUUUUUAUCCAAAUCUGAUUGGCUAUUUACGCAUUCUCCUAGCUUUGGUAUCAUGUGAGGCUAUGACCUAUGCACCAUGGCGUGCGGCUAUUUGUUACAUUCUAAGCGCUGCUUCGGAUGCUGUUGAUGGAUAUGUGGCGCGGCUGUAUAAUCAGUCAUCACGUUUUGGCGCUAUGCUGGAUAUGUUAACAGACCGUUGUGCCCUCAUGGCAUUGGUAAUAUGUUGCGGAUGUUUCUAUCCUGAUUACCUGUUUUAUUUCCAAAUGUCAGCCGUGGUUGAUAUUGCUUCGCAUUGGCUUCAUUUUCAUGCUAGCGAUGUGACGGGUAAAAUGACUCACAAACAAUCUUCAAAUACAGUUUUGCAUCUCUACUAUACAUCUCGAUUGUUCUUGUUUGUGAUGUGUCUGGGAAACGAGACGUUCUAUAGUUUGGUAUAUAUCAGUCAUUUCUGGUCUGGUCCAGGUGUUCAUGGUUUUCAUCUUAUUCCAUUCCUAACGGUACUUUUUUUCCCAUUUGCGUUGCUAAAAUCGAUGAUUAGCUUACUUCACCUUAUCAUUGCCGCACAAACAUUAGUAGCCAAAGAUCAGGAAUUAAUUAAGCAAAGCAAAUGA